AUGAAACCGAAACAAGAACGAAGUGUGCUUGGAAUCAAAGUGCUGGAACUACAUCGGUACAACAAGGAGGAUGGUUGGGUCAUGCCAGGUGUUCUGCUUCCUGAUUUUAAUACCGUUUCUCAACCAUAUCGUGAUUCUCCUACUCCUGGGUGCAAUGAUGAUGCAAAGGAAAACAGUGAGAAUUGCGUUCCAAUAUCUGCUCAACUAAACUUGAAACCAGCGGCAAAAGUUGGAAAUCGAGCUGGUUUGGGGGAUGCUGUCUCGAAACCAAAUUCUACUCGCAUCAAUACAAACAAAAAGAAAAUUGUCAUCACACCGUUUACCGACGACAACAAUGAUUGUUCCACCUACGGCAGUUUCCAAGAAAUCUCAGUUUACGAUCCACCAAAGGACUUGUGUGUUAGCUGGUGUGAUGAUUUUCAAAUCACAAGCUAUGCUUGUCUACCUUUACCCUCGGCAAAAGCUGUGACAUCUCAGGCCCAAGAGAUUUCCCAUUGGGUGUCGGCAGUCAAUCAAAAUUUUGCUCAAGUAGUUCUGAAAGACAUUGGCUUGGUUGAUCUCAACCAAACCAACCUAACUCUCGACACAUCUCCUUUUGCCAUUGCGUGCCUCCAAGGCGACGUGGCUACGGUUCAAAGAGCCAUUGGGCUAGUCUGUGCCAACUUGAAGCCUCCAUACUCAAGACAGAAUAGGCUUCGACUGCUUUUGGAAGCCCACGAAUCAGGAUCGUGGAGUCCUCUGCUUCUUAUUGCCUGUGCUAUGGUUGAGGACAAGAAUAUGGCGCACAAUCCAUCCCUUCUCACCGUCGCGGCACUUCUGCUUCAAGCUGGAGCGCGUCCAGAUGCCCAAGAUGCCCUGGGCAAGUCCAUUGUACACUAUGCAGCUGGAUGCGAUGCCACACCAAUGUCGAUGCGCUUUGUCGACAUGUGUAUUUCUGCUGCCAAAUCAGUCAACCUGUAUGGAAAGGAAGUGGUAUUGAAUGACUUGACUACGACGCACUUGAAUGGUAAGAAAGGGAUUGUAGGCGGGUACGACUAUCUGACGAGCCAACGAAGUGUAUUUGUUCCAAGUUUUGGCAAGGAAGUUUGGGUUCCGGCUGAAAACAUUCGACUUGCGAAUGGCAAGGGGCAAGACAAGAGGCAGCUCCUGGUUGAUUUGCAGGAUCACAAUGGCAACACAGUCCUACAUGAAAUUUUGAAAAGCAAUCGUGAGGAGAUUGCACAUUCUCUUUUGCACCGAUAUCAUGCAUCUAUCCACAUCAAAAACAAUGAUGGGACAACCCCAGCAAUGAUGACCCUUCUGCAUCCUACAAACAACGUUGGCCAAAUGAUAUGUGACUUUACGAGAUCGGAGGCCGACAAAGUUCGGGAUGCUAAAAAGAAGCAAAAAAAUAUCUGUGCUAACUGCAGCAAGUCUUUGGGCAAGGGCGGGAUGAAAUGUACCAAAUGCCUCGUGGCACUUUACUGUUCUCCCAGGUGUCAGACCCAACACUGGAAACAAGGUUGUCAUAGGCUGGAGUGCACACGGCUCGCUUUCGUUGCAAGUGGGGUGAAACUCUCUUGCAAACAUUUGGAUCAUGAAAUGACAUCUUCUGGAUCGCUUGAUUUCUUUGGCGACUCCUAUGUCAAGCCAAUAGAGAUUCAAAAUGGGCAAAAGUUUGUCGUUGCGGUGCAAAUCAACCCUGACACCAAAUCUUUGAUGAUAUUUUCAGUAUGCGAUGGGUGUCAGUUCCAGUACCAUUCGACCGGACCUGGAUAUUAUACGAUAGUGAAGGAAGUCCAGAAGGAAGCCGCUUGGGACGGGUGUAAAACCUACAUGAAAGCAUCCUUUGAUGCCAAUGGAGAUUGUACCAUGUACCCUACCACGGCGUGUGUCAAAACGGCCUACUGGUGGUAA